AUGAAGAUUGAGCAGAGCCGCGUGGACAAAGCCGCCGCGCGCCGGCAGCUGACGGAGCUGCUCCCCAAAGCCGGAGCGGGGUUCCUGGAACAGCCCGACCAAACCAAACAGGUUGUUCUGGAUUUAGAGGACGUUGGCUCAAGCCAAGCAAAAUUGGAGAAGGAUUCUAGAAACCAAACGUCUGUCAGCGGCACCGGCGAUCUUUCUACAGCGGAACCGAACUUUGAGAAGAUGAUCGAGACCGAGAUCCAUCAAAAAGAGGGUGCCAGGCUUAUGAAAUGUGGGGAACAGGAAAAGGACAGUGGUCCUGACCCAUCCUCACCCACUUGUGACAAAAAGUCAAAAGAGUGCCCAAAUCCGGGAGACAGAAACGCGUGCGUCAUGACGCAUUCGGACAUUACAAAAAGAGAAGAAAGUGAGGAAUUAAACAGUAAUGAUCAUUAUCUGAGCGGGAGAAGUGAGUCAGAAGACUUUGAGGAAGGGGAGGAUGUCAGUUUGGUGCUUUCUAAUGACUCCGGCCAGUGCGUUGCCGAGGACGAGUCCCAUUAUAUCACCACGCACGAGAUCCAGCUGUCCGAACUCUCUGACCACGAGGGGGACUUUGACCUGGGGGUGGGCUCCUCGGCCAGCUGGGAGAUAGAGGAUGAGAACCAGGUGUACUCGUUUGUCGACUACUCUUUUGAGGCUGAGGCAGCCGCGGGGGAGAGGGGGGGCAGUCCGCGGCCUCGCGCGCUGGACGCAGCAGCGGUCAGCACUCUGCCUGAAAACGAUACGCGCGACACGGCCAAGUCCCCAGAGCAGAGCCCGGCCCAGCCCCCGCAGCCGCGCGGGGGCAGCCGGGGGGGGCAGAUCCACCUGUCAAUCAGAACCACCUCCCGGGCUAUAAAUGACCCCGGCAGCGUCCAGGAACGGGAAAACAUCCUUUAUCACGCCCGGCGCUCCGGGGACGUGAGCCGCUGCGUGUGGGGGGGGGCCGAGGGGAAGUGCUUCAUAGCCGCGCCCGGGCGCGUGCACUUCGGGGGCAAAUUGAGGGGAAAGGAGGUUACAGGGUAUUCCAGCGGCACGUCCAGUGCGGUCAGUGAGCUGGAUGACGCCGAUAAGGAGGUGCGCACCCUCACGGCCAGAGCCUUCAAAAGCCUGGCCUACCCUUACUUUGACCACAUCAAUUUCAGCACCUCCAGCGAGUCCUCCGCGUCCGAGCACGGCCUAGGGAUAAACAGGUGGUCCACCUUUGUGGACCUGAAAUAUGGGAACGUGAAUGUGUCGCGGGGACUGGACCAAAGUGUUGUGUCCUGUCAAAACUCUACGUUUGAAAUCGCCCAAAACCUAGACAGUAGAGGCCAUAAGGGCGCUGCACUGGCCAGCAUCAAAGCGCCCACCAGCAAGAUCCUCACUCUGAAUGGAAACCCCAAGAAUAUUCAGCUGAUGGGGCAGUUUGGUCAGAGCCACGGUGGCGUGAUCAGGCUCACGGAGACCCUCAAUUUCCGCUGCAAUGUCAAAUCGGGAAUGUCCGCGGAAGAAAGACGCACUAACUUUGCACAAAACGCUGCGGGAUCACGUUCCACGGAUGAGGUUACCGACGGUUUGCGAAGCAGCCAGAGGAGAGGGGCCAGCAAGUCUCCCCUUAAAACCAUGGAAGACACGCAUAAGAAAGCCGUUUUCGCCUCGAGCGUGAUCAAAAAUGUCAUUUCCAAGAAGAUGCAGUUCGAGCAGGAGCGCAAAAUGGAGCGGGGGGAGAUCUGUGAGCCGCACCAGACUCCGUCCCCGUGCUUUGGGCUCCAGGACGGGGAGAGCAGCCGGGGGAAGGGGGGCCGGGACCUGCAGAGACAGGGCUCCAGGUUUUCGGAGAGCAGCUCGGACUACACCCUGAUGGGCCUGGACGAGCUGGGGGACAUGGUGGACAGCAGCUCGUGUGAGACCAGGAGCGACUCCCGGAGACCGGACACGUUCACUCCCGCGCGAGACACUUAUUUCGAGCCGGCGAAUGAAGGCGGAAUCGAUACUAAAAAAGGCGCAAUGGACGCGUCCAAAAGCACGCUGCUUCGCAGCCAAAAUAGCGCGUUCAGAUGCUGGAAGGACGAGGAGCUAGGGUUUCAAAAGGAUCAUAAAAACGAUAAAACUGUGGAGGACAGGCUGCCUUCUGCUCGUGAUAAAGAGGGCGAGGGGGAUCGGUACUCGGCGGCCAACAGCAAACUGACUAAAAUGUCCCAUUUGUUUGUGCCAAGUAUCCAAGUGCUGCCUACUGACGGAGGAGUGGGACAGCAGCUGCUGGGCACAGAUUAUUCCCAAAGUGGAGACGGACAGGGGACAAAACUGCGCGCAGACAACACUUUAUACAUCACAGACUCCCGGACUGUAGCAACGUCCAAAUCUCCGGAGAUUAAAAUUAACCUGCGGAGCGUCAGAGAGAAUCAAACGGAAUCUUUUGGCGUCUCCAGGCUGCGCGCUCCUAAUAUAGGCUCAAACGCACCCAGCCUUAUCAGAACAGACGACUUCAAAUGCCAAGCACUGGCAGCAGCUUUGAAGGGUGAGUCUUCUGAUAAAAUUCCACAUUUCAUGGUGAGAGACAUACGAGAUAAUAAGGGCAAGUUGCAAACACCCAUUCACCAGGUCAGAGACGUGCGUAAAUUGGUUAAAAGUUCAUAUCACUUUGUUUCUCUGGAUAACGACAAUAAAUCAAACUGUGCCUCUGCUGACAGUCAUCCAGACCAAAGGAAACAAAUGCACUAUCGAAAUCCCAACUCUGUGUCGCCCAUAGUGAUAAAAUGUCAGUCGGUAAAUACUAAUAGCGCAGGGAGACAGUUUGGAGAUCCUGAUAUAAUUAACAGGGAGUUGUUUGACAGUGACAAAUGGUCUCCAGAGGGCGCUAAAAGUGCUCCCUCUACUAGGGCCCCGUUAGUUAUGGCAGGCGACUCCCCAGAGGGGAGCAUUGGGCUCGGAAUUGAGAGCAAGAUAUCGCCAAACAAGCAGGAAAAAGCCUCGGAUUUGACAGAAAGGAAACCGGAAGCGAAGAUAGCCAAUCAGGCGGCCCUGGAGAAGCUGCAGGCCGCGGUGAAGACCAUGGAGCAGCUUUAUGUGUUUGAGAGGAACGAGUGGAAAAGGAAGAACGAGCCGCGGCCCCUGACCGACAGCCACGUGCUGUCGCUGAUAGCCAGUGAGGAGCAGGGGGGGUCAGAGGAGGAGGGGGCCCCGGGGCCCCGCGUGGACACCAGCUACCCUCACAUAGACAAGCCCCCCCCAGCCUCAGCAGCCUCCCCCAGCUGCGACGGCCUGAGGCGGGGGGACAGAGACCUGCUCAGGGCGGUCCAGAUGUCCAGCGGUCGUGAUGACCGGCUGCACACCCUCAACGCCACGGGAAGUAAAAACUCCUCCUCGCUCAGCUCCAGCUUCAAAGCCUCCUCAUUCGCAAGCGUCCGCCAGCCGAACAACACCCCCCAGAUGCCUAUGAGCAACAAAAGCUCUGUCCCCAAGGCCCCCAAACUGCCCGUGUCUUUAAAGGUCAGUCGCACGGCGGUGAACGGGAACGUGGACGUUGAAUCGAAGCAUGUGGAACUAUCAGAACGUCACUUUUCGAGUUCCUCGCUCGACAACGAGAACUACCUAACCAUUCCGGUCAAAUCUCACCCCGACAGCGGUAGACACCCCCCAUCUGCCGAUAGAACGUGUGUGUAUUCGUUUGCAACCCAGUCACUGCCCACCUCUCCUCCAGGACACCAAGGAGCCCCCGGGAAAGGCCAGCAGGACCACAACCUGAUGACCAAACGCUCCAGCAUGGUGAUGGAGACCCACUCACCAGAGGUCCCCCCCGCCACCAUCUACCACUCCCUACCUCUGGGCAUGCCCGCCACCCAACCCCAGCUCUACUGCUUCUCCCCCGCAGUGACCCCGGCCCCCGCCCUGGACCCUUUUCCGGCCACCCAGAGGAAGAUGCUGCUGGACCCCAGCACGGGGAACUACUACCUGGUGGAUACCCCGGUGCAGCCGGCCACCAGGCGCCUCUUUGACCCGGAGACGGGUCAGUACGUGGACGUGCCCAUGCCCCCGCCCCCCAUGACGCCCGUGCCCGUGCCCAUGUCCCCGCUGGCCCUCAGCCCCGGGGCCUACGGCCACACCUACAUGAUCUAUCCGGGCUUCAUGCCGGCCCCCCCCGUGAUCCCCGCCCCGGCCCCUGGGCCCUGCCCGGUGUCGGGGGCCCCACAGGGGCAGGGGGGGGGGACAGGGCCUCGUCCCAGCAGGCCGAGGGGGUGUACCGGGACAGCCCCUUCUACAUGGCCACCGGGAAGUCCCCCAGGGCCCCCGCCGGGCCCCCGCCGCCGGCCCCCGGCAGCAGGCCGCCGCACGGCUUCUCCCCGGUCAAGCAGCCGCUCAUCAGCAUCACCUCCCAGCAGGGGCCGCGCAUCAUCGCCCCCCCCCUCGUUCGACGGGACCACCAUGAGCUUUGUGGUGGAGCACAGAUGA